UGAUGAAAAUUUUCCACAUCUUGUCCAUUAUAUCUCAAUUAAAAUUUUUUUUCUAGAUGUUGACUGGAUGAUAGUUUCAAAGAUAUCAUUUAUCAAAGCUCAUCUAACUAUACACUUAAAUUUUAGUGUAUUUCAUACCUUAAAUUAAUUUUGAAGGUUAAAAAAAUCUGCCCUUAGACACAGCAACAUAAUGAAAUCACAGAACACAGAAGACAAAGGGAAGAGCUGAAAAGUAGCUGGAGAGAAGAGAGAUCACCUACAAAGGAACAGCAGAUGCCCAACUUCUCAGUGGUAACUUUAAAAGCAAGAAGACAGACUGGUAUCUUCAGACUAUUGCAAGCUGUCCUUUAUUGAUGGAGUUGAGUUCCUGAAUCAGAACGGUGAGCACAGUUCUGGUCCGUAGCUGGUAGGACACCGCCCAAGUGAAUGCGAGAUUAUCAACCACGUGGCCGGGUAGGUGUUGCACGUGCAUGCCCUCAUUGCCUCUUUAUAAUCGACCUGUGAGGAUCGAUGACUUCUACAUAUGGAGGAAGAAACUGAAGAAUAGAUGCCCACAUCCGGUUGCUCACUAGAGAGAAUCCCCAUUUGAUGGUGCAAUGUAACCACCCUUUUGGACGCAGGUGGGCGUGGCUUUGCACCAACCUCCAGCCCUCGCAUGGUACGUGUUCUCAUGGCCAGUCAGUCCCAGUAGAGGCCAUGGAGGCCCUGGCCCCCCACACUUCUUCAUGUGGCAAGAGAGCCCUGCUGCCGCAGGGAGGCUGGCAAAAGUCACUGUGACACACACAAUGCCUCUCCUCUCUCGCAAGAGUUGAGGUAGAACUCUAAGGACUUGUGUAACUGCAGUGGUGACCUCGCCAGUGCUGAUGAGAGGGACCCUGUGCUACAAGGCUUCAGCCGAUGUUACUCUGUCCAUAUCCCAGGGCCUCAGCAAGGCACGGGCACACGUCAUCUCUUUCAUCUUCAUAGUCACCCACGCCGUCUUGUCACCAUUUGUGGGUGAGGGAACUGGGGUACGUUGAUGAACCCAAAGUCACACUGUGACAGUGACAGCCAGUCAUUGGCAAAGCCAGGAUGCAAAGACGGGUCUGUCUAGGUGAAGAGUCAGCCCCUUCUGCCCUGUGUCACCAUUCCCAUUGAUGGAGGGCUUGACCAGCCUAAAUCUGAACAACAAAUCGUCCCCCCUCGCAGGCUCUUCUGAACUGUUUGAAGAUCCCCAGAUUACAUCAGAACAACAGAUAUAAGAUCCUAAGAUCCCUAGAGCAUUCCUUGAUAGCCAUUGUCAAGUAUUCACAUUCGGCUGUCCCCAUCUCCUUGCCCUCUGUCUCCCUGGUCAUUUCACUAAGGACACAAGUACAAUCUUUCACCAAGGUCUCUGGGAGAACCCGGAAAUGAUGAAGAGGAAAAUGCGGGGCCCAGGCAGGCUGAGCGUGGGAGUGUGCAGGUAAGUGUGUCCCAGAGGGGGUUCCAUUUAUUCAUUUGUUGGUCUUUUGUGCAGCACACACGAUCGAUUAUGGACACUUGGCUUAAAGCUGCAGGGAACGCAAAAAGGAGUAAACCCAACCCUUUUGUGAGGCUGGAGACAGCCAUGCAUAGCACUAAUUACAGGACUCUGAAAAGGGCAUUGUCUCUGGCUGGGAGAAUUCCUCUGAACUUAGCUUGAACUUACCUCCCCGUGUUUCUUGCCUUGGCCCCGUCACGCUCUGGGCACACCUCAGCUAGGGAAAGGAUGCUCUGGCAGAGUACCUGGCUUUCAGGUUCCCAUUCUCCAGACCAAGCCUCCCGGCGGGGCUCCCAUCCAGUUUUCUGCCCCGGUGCCCAGUAACGUAGGUGCUCAGACCAUGUUGGGAGGGUGGUGUGUGUCGGAACUUGAGGUAACACCGUGGGUAUGUCCAAGGUGCCGUGGGUACGUGGUACACUGUGUCCUGCCAGGGCUGGGGGAGUGCAAGCAGCUGUCUGAGGCUCCCCGCCCAGCUGAGGACAGAGCCCGCCUCUGCUCAUAGAAGCGCGUUGGCAGUGUCCUCCCUUUCCCGGCUCCUCAUAUUUGUGUUGUAAAUGGGAGCAUUGCUCAUACACCACUUUACACAGCAGCUCUCACAUGGUUGGCACUCUACGUUCAAUUUUGUCCACUGAGGGACUCCAUAUUACAUCAUCACGAUUAUGACAAGUCCCGGUUUGCACCCCAGAGUUUUCACUCAUGCCGUUCUUGCAUUGCUGUAGAGUUUGCAGUGAUGCCCGUAUCUACAGAAUAUAGUGGUGGUCCCAAUAUUUAUCCCAUGAUGAUUGGGCACGUAGAUUAGUUCCAGAUUUUUGCUACAGGGAGUAUUCGCUAUGACUUACCUCACUUUGUUGAGCAUCUUUGUGCCUUUGCCUUCCUUUGGAACCCCUAGGUCAGGGAGCGUGGACAUUUGGAAAGUUCCUUGAUGAGUUGUGUCCAGCAGCUUUCCCCAGCUCUGUGCCAGUGUUCACGGUCCCCAGUGGUGCCUCAGGACAUCCGUCUCCCCAGUCCCCCCUCCACCCGGCAAAAUGCCUUUCCUGGUACCAGGGCGGAUGUGGGUCUGAGAAUAAACUUACUUCCCAAUCCUGUAGGAAAAACCUCAGUCCUCAGAGAACCGCUGGCUGAAGUAUCUGGAAAGAGACUCAAAAGAGCUGGGGAUAGAAAGAGGAGUGUGUUUCGAGAGACUGCCCUUGUCCAGGACAGAGAAGCCAGAGCCUCCCUUCAACACAGGAAAUGCAGCCAGAGCACAGUCUGGCCUCCACACAGCCCCGAUGUCCAGAACCUAGGUGAUUCUGAGGUUACAUUGGAGCCCCAGAAGGACCAUGUUGGCCUGGCCGGGAAGGUCACAGAAGGUGGCAGCCACAAGGAUGGGGGCACCGGGGAGCUUUCUGUUCCUCAGGGGGGUCCUCCAUGUCCGGCCCCACAGCUAAGAGCCACGUCAUCCAAGUGGGACCGCUUCCUUCUGCUGCCUGGAAAUGGCCCAUGUGUGGACACAGAGCCCCCAGUACCUCUGUACAGAGACCCCAAGCCAGCCGGGGCAGCACUGGCUGAGCAGGGGACCCCAAGGGAAGGGCACCCCAGCAGGCCCCUCAGUGCACCCAAGCUUCCCUGGCCCACACACACUCUCACAUCGGGGUCCCAGAGGCCCUGCGGAAAGCCCCCCGGACAGCCACAGGACACUGGUCCUCUGGCAAAGGGUAGGACCGUGGUCACAAGGUUACAAGAGCCCCCACUCGUGCGACUGUGUAACCUCUUUGAAACUGGUGAGGACUUUGAAGACGACCUGUGAACUGAAACUCGGUUACCAACACGGACACACGUUACGUGAACCCUUCUCCCCUGGACCUCUUGGCCACUGUAAAGGGGACUCCCCAAUUAGCUUUUAAAUAGGACUAGGGUGGGGGGGCACCUGGGAGGCUCAGUCGGUGAAGUGUCUGCCUUUGGCUUAGGUCAUGAU